AUGGAAUGGCACCGACUGUCGCUUUGGGUGGCGCUGGCCGCCUCUGGGUUGUUCCUCCGUGCCACCCUCUCGCUGCACGGGUACUCGGGUCAAAACCGUCCGCCGAUGUACGGUGACUACGAGGCCCAGCGUCACUGGCAAGAGGUGACCGUCAAUCUGCCGGUGACGGAUUGGUAUCGGAACACGACCGACAACGAUCUGCUGUACUGGGGGCUGGACUAUCCGCCUCUGACCGCCUACCACAGCUACCUCGUGGGCCGCUGGGCCCGUUGGCAGGGGCAGGACGAGUUUGUGGCCUUACACACAUCGCGUGGCAUAGGCACCGACGGACACAAGCACUUUAUGCGCAACACCGUCCUGCUGCUCGAUGCGGUCCUUUACCUUCCGGCCAUUCUGCUCGCGAUCCGGCUUCUCCACCGACCCACCGCUGGAUCCGGAUGGUUGACGCUCGCACUGGCCGCCCUCUAUCCCGGUCAGAUGCUCAUCGAUAAUGGACACUUUCAGUACAACAACGUGUCGCUUGCCCUCUUCGCACUGGCCGUGGUGACCACCGUCAAGGGGGCCACACUUUCCGGCGCCGUUUUGUUCUGUCUAGCGCUCAACUACAAACAGAUGGAGCUGUACCACGCGCUGCCAUUCUUUUUCCUACUCCUGCGUCGAUCUUUUGACCACGGCUCGGAACAUUGGAACAUCCGUCGGGUGGUGACCGGUGUCCGAAGGCUGGCGGUUCUCGGUGGAACCGUGCUGGGAACAUUCGCCGUGCUUUGGCUCCCCUGGCUCGGUUCCCUGGAGGACGUGCGGCAGCUGGUGCAUCGUAUCUUCCCCGUGGCCCGGGGUGUGUUCGAGGAUAAGGUCGCCAACGUUUGGUGUGUGGUGAAUGUGUUCGUGAAGCUCAAAAACUUCCCCAACACUAUGAUGGCCAUCGUGUGUUUACUGUGUACGGUACUGGCCGUUCUGCCCUGUGGAUUACACUUACUGCUCCGCAAACCGUCUCCCGGGGGCUUCCUUUACUCGCUGUCCGUCACGGCACUCGGGUUCUUUCUGUUCAGCUUUCAGGUGCACGAAAAAUCCAUCCUACUCGCGGCACUGCCCACCAUUCUGCUGCUUCCGGUGGAACCGUUUGCAGCGUACUGGUUCCUGCAAGUGGCCACCUUCAGUAUGCUCCCGUUGCUGCACAAAGAUGGCCUCACCGGGGCGUACCUGGGGCUAUCGCUCAUCACCCUGGCCCUUCCACGACUGAGCACGAGCUCCUCUGCGACGGUCCGGUGGGAUGUGCUUCACAUUCGUACGCUCCUCGAUCGCUGGAUUGGCUCGCUGGUGGCCCUCUAUUACGGGUCACUGCUGGGGCAGGUGGCACUACUGGUGGCGUUCCUCUUCGUACCGCCACCGGACGCUCUGCCGUUCCUCUAUCCGCUUGCCAUAUCCGCGUACAGCUGUGGUCACUUCGUGCUGUUCUAUCUGUACUUCAACUAUCGACAGUUUUACGGCCACGCGACUGUAAAGAGGCGAACGAAAAAGAAAGUCAAAUAA